AUGGGUGAUUUUAACACGUGCCUUCUAAAAAAUGACUCGCGCUCCUUUCGAUUGAAAUCUAUAGUUCAAGCAGCUAACUUACAUAUUCUCCCUCUUUCUGCUACUCACUUUUUUCCAAAUUGUUCGCCAUCUCUUCUGGACCUUAUUCUUGUUUCUUCCAUUGAUCAUGUUGAUAAACAUGGUCAGUGUCCUGCUGAUGCAUUUUCAUAUCACGACUUGAUUUACUUAUCUUACAAAUUACGACCACCUAAACCUAAAUCGAGAAUCCUUCUGCUGCGUAAUUUUGAUGGUAUGGAUUUAGAUCGUCUGAGAGAUGAGGCUGCGAAGAUCGACUGGAAUGUUGUUCUUACUGGAGCUAACAUUGACGAAAGGGUUAAUAGCUUUAAUUCUCUUUUAAUACAACUCUACGACGUUCAUGCUCCAAUUCGGCCGGUCCGGAUUAAGCAUUUGCCUGCUCCGUGGCUUACUCAGGAGAUUAAAAAUUUGCAGCGUAAGAAAAAUUUUGCAAAAGCCAGGUAUAAAUUUGAUAACUGUGAUACCAAUAGAGAUAAAUAUAAAAAAAUUCGGAAUCACUGCAACAGGUUGUGUAGAGAUAAACAACGACGCUAUAUUCAUAAAUCUAUACUCGAUGAAGAUAAUUCCGGCAGAGUAUGGAAAUUUCUUAAGUCUCUUGGAGUUGGGAAAGCGAGUCAAAAUAGUAGCCCCAAAAAUAUUGACUUAAACCAGCUAAAUCAGCAUUUCUCUUCUUCUUGUGCCAUAGAUGAGGUCACAAAAAUACAAACUAAAACUCAAAUUUCAGCUUUACCCAAAUCUGACAAUCCUGCGUUUAUUUUUAGUCAAAUCACUGAUAGUGAUGUUAAGAAAAGCAUUGUUGAGGUCAAUUCUGAUGCAAUUAGUACAGACUGCAUUAGUCGUAAAAUGAUUAUCCCUAUUGUUGAUAUCUUGACUCCUGUUAUAAAAUCCAUCUUUAAUUAUUCCAUUUCAUCCGGAAAUUUUCCCUCCUCCUGGAAAGAAGCCCAGAUUACUCCUAUACCCAAAAAAGCAAAUCCCUCCAGUUUCUCUGACUACCGCCCCAUAUCCAUAAUUCCAUUCCUUUCAAAAGUUUUUGAGCGUAUAGUCCAUCGACAAUUGAGCAUCUACUUAUCUAGGUGGAGUCUUUUAAAUUCUUUCCAAUCCGGUUUCCGUGUUGGUCAUAGUACGACUACUGCCUUAGUCAAGAUUACAGAGGAUAUUCGUCUAAGUAUGGAUAAACAGCACGUAACAGUGUUGACCUUACUUGACUUUAUGAGCCAGAAGAGGCGCUCAAAUCAAUUAAACGGCGGGAACGACAAAACGCCCUGGCGACAUGGUGCAUUCGACUCGAGGAGCACUAUGAACACAAACGCAUCAUUAGAGCAAUCCUGCCGGUCUUCGAAGCCUGGAUGCAGCGACGAGCAGGAAGACUCACCUACAGACUUACAUAGAUAA